UGCGCACCUGCGAAGCGAAGCAUCAGUACAACAGAUAUAAAUAUUGCUCGCUCAGUUACGAUUAGCUUUUCUUUAUUAUUUUAUGAGGGCAGUUACAUGGAAGACGUAGGUGUUUCCUGUGCCCAAGUCUGAAGGGAAUGAUGGAAAAUGUACCCACAUCACAAGAAGGCACCUUAGCCCAGGAUUUGCCCUAUGUUGUGCAGUCCUGUUCAAUGAGGCACUCCAAAGGCCAAGCCAGUGGCAGGCAGGAAGGCAGCACUGAAGCCAGUGGGGAUGGAACUUCCUUGAAUAUGAAUAUUUCCGAAGCUGAACCCCCUUUGAAAAAGGCCAGAUACUGUGACGUAAUAGAGGGGUUUAACCGUGCCACUCAUACUCAAGAAAUGCCAAGUGGUGAGAAAUUUCUAAGAGGGGGAGUCCGAGUCCCGAAAGCUGGUGUGGGUGGUGUAGAAAACUCUUCUGGCUCAAGAUGUACUUUAGAGCCACUUAAACUUCAACAUACAGAAUCUGAUGUGGUCAUGGUAAACUGUACUAGUGAUAAAACAGUAACUGCGGGUGAUGAUAUGGGUAAUCAAGAACUUGCAAGGACUCCUCUGUCAGGGCUCUGUCAUAGUUCCUCAAUGAUUGCUCAACAAUCUGACCAUGGGGAUUCUUCCAUGUCAUAUCCUAAUGGAAGUGGGAGCACUGAUACCACUGAUGUUUCAGAUGAUGACAUUACAGAUGCAUCCAACCUGGUCUUGUCAGUUAUCAAGACUAAGGUAGAUAUUCAAACAAUGAAGUUGUGUUUGCAGCAUAAUGCAGAGUCACGUUCCAACCGCCUUUCAACAGCUGCUCCAUCAGUUCAAGGGGCAGUAACUGAUGCCUGCUCAUCGGUAGAUGGCAGUUUAAAUUUAGGAAGUCUAGAUAUACAACCAUCUACCUCUUCUGGAUCUAUCUCAGGACACUGUAUCAAUAGUAUGGCAGAUGUAGAGGAGCCUUCUGCUGGAGCAUCCCAAGGUCAGUCAGGACAGAGUCUAGUACCUAGAAGAAGUCCACAGAGUAGAAACACCUGUAUUUGUAACAAUGUUCAUUGUCGCAUGUGUAAUGUGCGGAGACAAGCCCAACUUUUCAAUCCACCAAAUGUUCCUGAUAGUCCAGAUCAAGGUGCAGGUCACCUUGAACAUUGGCAAGACCAACACACAGCCAAGGCUAUUGUUGAUAAUGCCAUAAACAGAACUAUUGAAGAAAUGGUCAUAGCUCCAGAUCCACCAAAUGUCCAUCUGAGAAGAGCAGAUUUUGAAAAUGAAGGUGUUCUUCUAGCUAUCAGAGAUCAAGGUCUAUCUGUCAGAAAUCAGCAACCUAUUCAGACUUUGCAUGAUCGACUAGAACCUGUUAUCAAUCAGCUAACUCAAGCCUCUGAACUUGUCUUUGCUAGGAAUAUUGAACAGUCUAGAACAACCCCAACAAUCGAGCGACAAUCAGAAGAUACAUCAUACCAGAAUUCUGUUGUGCACACUCACACAACACCAGAAUCCUCUUCUCCACUUGGUUCUGCAUUAGAUACAGAUGAAGACUGUCAGCAUGAUUAUAAUGGAAGCUGUAACUCAGAUGUUGAGUUUAGAGCAUCAGUUGAGGGAAAGCAGGAGUCUUCUGUUUCCAAUCUAAUCAAUGCUGACACUGUGGCAUAUGGUCCCGGAGCUGAGAAGAACAACAUUAUCAGUGAGAAACAUUCCCAUGUUACAUCUAUAGCCAAGGAUUCCAAAGAAGAUGCUGGUUGUAUUCAGAUGGACCAAGUGAGUGUUGAGGCUGAUGUCCCCUGUGAAUUGUUUGGGGAGAUGUCUUCAAAUGGAACUGUCAUUGAUUUUGCUGUAGAUGCUGCUAUUGCCACAUCUGGUUUGAAAGCGAAACAGAAUGAAAGCAUUUGAUAUGAAAAUGUUUUGAUUUACUACACAUGUUUCCUGCAUGACAUGUACUCUGAUUACAGCACUUGUUUGACUUAGAUUCGAUUCAGUCACUGCCUUCAACAAAACCAACUUGACCUUGGAUUGCUUGAUGUUUAUUGAAUAACUUCAGUUAGGAAUUGUGUCUGAAGAUGCCUCAUGUGACUUUGUGUGUAUAUUUGAUUCUAGAAAUAUUUUGAUGCUAUAUUGAUCUCUCAUACUGUCAAAGUCUCAAUACUUACACACUGGAUAUAGUGCCUUUAGUGAUGUUACCAAAGUUUUGUAAGGUUGCUUUUGAGAGGUUUCAAGUUGCUGGUAGAAAGUAUCUGUGCCUAUGUCAACAUAUGCAUGGUCUUAACGUCCAACUUUGUUAUUUGUAUGCUCACAAAUUGUGUGUUUAUUGACAUUAAAAUAUGCAGGAAGA